AGGAGUGAGUUGGCGUCCCCUUGAACCCUCCCCCUCUAAUUUCGAAUUAUCUGUCGCCUUUAGUCUUCAGUAAGCCGCCAGUAAAGUAUAUGCUCUACACUCUAUCGAGCGGCGACAAGCUCAAGGAGACGUUUGCCAAUCUGCGGGAGCAAAGAACCAAAAAUGGCCAUGAGCUGAUUUUUGAAAUCCUUAAGGAUGGCAUUUCUCUGGAGACAUUUAAGGGGAUCAAACACUUGACCGCCCGCCCGGUGGGGGACAGCUUGAGGGUGGAUCUGAGCGCACUGCGAGCUGUCGAUCAGUUGUCACACUCGCCACUCUGUCGAAGAAUUAUCAAGCCCACCGAAAUGCUGAGGAAUGCCCGUAUACCCUACUAUGGGACACCGUUUGUUUUCAAGGGUUUCGCGAAGCUCAACCCGCACCAAGAGGUCAUCUGCACCAGCACGUAUCAACGUGUCAUAGACAACGUGCCAAGCAUUACGCUGAUUCAGGGUCCACCAGGCACCGGCAAAUCCUUGAUCAUUGCGAAUAUCAGCUUCCAGGCGGCCUUAAAAAUGGACCGCAAGAUCCUUAUCUGUGCCCACUCCAACACGGCCGUCGAUUCAAUUAUCGCCCGUCUUCAUCAAGUGCGAGAGAAUUGCUGUGAGACGGAUCGCUUUCAGAUGCUGCGCUAUGGGCUGUACGACAAGAUGAGUCCUCUGUCGCGGCGCUACUCGCUGGAGCAUAAUUACGAGCGCGCCAAGAACCAGAAACGAAAUCGCGUGAGUGACGACAAUAGAGUGAUUCUCAAACAGCGGCACAACGAAUUGGAAGCGGUGGUUAACGAAAUGAAGAAGGAAAAUCUCAAAGGCACCUGGCUGUUCGACAAUUACCAGGAGAAGGUGAAGCUGCUGCAGAUCUACGAGGAGCAGCUCAAUCCUCGAUUGACACAGCACGAGGAGUUCAAUAUUGCCUUGUACCGCCACGUAUCCACGUAUGGCAUCCAGCCAGAUGGUGCUCCUCCAAUUCGAUGUCCUUUUUACUUUGAGCCUGAGGACUAUGAGUGA